CUGGAAAGAUGGUUGAUAUAAUUUCCACCGUGGUACAUUGAAACACCAACGUACCAAAGAGCCAAUCAGAUUGCUCGGAUUUUUUUCCUCCCACAAUGAUACGAUUACUUUUAGGAUGAAUCGUCAUAUAAUGCUGCCUAAUCGUCAGCAGUCUCAAAGGGAAUAACCAGAAAAUGCUGAUCAUAUUCUAUUUACUGUUGAUGAUCAGCCUGGGGCGAUGCACAGAGGAGCCGAUCAUUGAAAAAAAGACCGUUCAUAUUGGAGAUGAUGUGAACCUGACGUGUAUCCGCAGGUCUUCAGGGACCUUGUUUUGGACCAGGCUCGUUUCUGGAGAAUUUCCUGAAGUCUUGGGGAAAACAUUCAGCUUUGAGAACGCUGUUCAUCGCAUUACAACCAGCAUAAAUACUGGAGAAUUUAAUCUGCACAUUGCAAAAGCCCAGCGAAGUGAUACAGCGGUUUACUAUUGUAUGAAAAUACAACAACGAAACUUUACAUUUUUAAAAGCAACUGUCCUGAGAGUUGAAGGAGCGGAUGUCACGGCAGUCCCUACAUCUCCAACCCCUCCAGAACAAUCUGUGUCUCGCCAGUGUUCACUGCUUUGUGACACCGAGAACAAAAUGGAUCCAGAAGAAAAGGCUGUGUGCUGUUUCCGAGCUGGAUCACAUCAGUCUCACCUGACUUUAAAUUAUACUCAAGGAGACGGUGUUUAUGAAUAUGACGAGAACCCCGAGAAACACUCAGCAAAGAAAUGCAUCUGCAGCUUCUUGCAGAACGUCAGCUCCUCUGAUGCCGGGACUUAUUUCUGUGCUGUGGCCACAUGUGGAGAGAUAUUUUCAAGAAACGGAUCAAAACUCGACACAGAAGGAGUAAACGCUCGGCAUUUACAGAAGGACAGCACAGUUCUGAUCCUGUUAUGUGCUGCUUUGGCUGUUUGUCUGCUUGUUAUAGCCUUUCUCAUUUAUUCAAUCAAGAAUCUCAAGAAAAAGUCUACUGGUUGUUAUGCUGCUGUUGCUUUGGAAACAACUGCAACGGCCAAAGGUUAUCAAGAAAGUCUCGAGACAGAUGUUGACUCACUGGUGGUUUAUUCUGCACCAACCUUCUCUAAAAAACCUGGGAAAGCAGCGACCAGGGAAGCAAAAACAGCAGAAAAAGACAGCAUCUACGCUGAUGUCAGAGCCCUUGGGUUGGAUUAAUAGUCUAAACACUGCAUUUGCUAAAGAAAAUUUUUACAUAUUCAAAUUUUACUAUAGAUUGUCCUAACAUUGCACUCGCUCAUUGAUGUAAAUAUAAUGUUGUCUGCACAGUGCAAGGGAAAUGUGCACUGACACUUGAUUUUUGCUUUAUAUUGAUAUUUGAUAUUGAUAUUUGAUAUUUAUUUAUGCUUUUUGAAGUCUGUAAACUUCUUCCAUGACUGACAUUGACGCAUCAAUGCCAUGUCAUGGUAAUGCACUGACAGGAGAUGGUGAGUGUGAUGUUGGUUGUGUGAAUGUGUUGCUUCCUUCUCAAUAGAGGAAGCAAAAAACAUAAAAAACAAUGAAUCAUA